UGCCGAAGGCAAUCAAAAAAUGGUCAUCUUUGGCCUCUGAAGCUGAUGACAUUGGGUGGACUCCUCUUCACUAUGCUUCAUACAUGGACAAUGUGGAAGCCAUUGAACUGUUAUUGAAAGCUGAUCGUUCCGCAGCAUACAAAAAGGACAAGGAAGGGAUGUCUGCCCUCCACAUUUCGGCCGAGAGAGGCCACUUCAAUGUAACCAGAAAACUAAUUUCAGAAUUGCCAAGUACAUGCGAAUUGUUGGACAAUAAAGGACGCACGCCUCUUCAUCUAGCUGUGAAAAAUGGAAAAAACAUCCAGGCUGUGAAAUUUAUGCUGCACUCACUACCUGUAGAUCUCAUAAAUAAGCGAGACAGCAGUGGCAACACACCUAUGCAUUUGGCCAGCAUCAAUGUAGGACCUCAAAUGGCAUGGGUGCUGUCACGUGAUAAAAAAGUGGACACAGGGGCUAUCAACAAGGAAGGCCUAACGCCCAUCGACAUUCUUAGAUCAAGAAUAAAGCUUAAAGGGUUUGAAAAGGUUUUGCUAUUCAUUAUGGGCAGGUCUCCAAUAAUGUUGCUGAGGGGAGAGCUUUACUGGAUGGGUUAAAGUUGGCACAACAGUUGGGUAUUCAAGACAUCUUGGUGGAGUCCGAUUCAGAAGUUAUUGUGAAAUGGAUUCAGGCUGGUAAAUGCAGUUUAUGGUAUUUGUGGGAUUUUUGGGAUGACAUCCAGAGUUUGUUUGUUGAUUUACAGUGUUCCAUCCAGCAUAUUUUUAGAAAAGCAAACAUGGUUGCAGACUAUCUUGGCAAAGAGGGGGCUUUUAAUAGAGGUAAGUUUUUCACAGGGUUGGCCCUUGAUAGGGGAAUCCUUCGUGGGUUAGUACGUACGGAUAUGUGGGGUCUUCCUUAUAUUAGGAUGUAAUUGUGCUCUCCUUUAUGUUGUUAGCACUUUCUUUGUUUUGUUUUCCUUUGAUCACAGGGGUUUUUUGGUUUUUUUUGUUUAUUUUUU